GAGAACAUGGGAAGGGAGAAUGCAACACUAUGGACAGAGUUUGUUCUCACAGGACUCACAUACCAACCACAGUGGAAAAUCCCCCUUUUCCUGCUGUUUUUGAUGAUCUAUAUCAUUACCAUUGUGGGGAACCUUGGUCUGAUCACUCUGAUUUGGAAUGACCCUCAAUUUCACAUUCCCAUGUAUUUAUUCCUUGGGAGUUUAGCCCUUGUGGAUGCUUGGUUGUCAUCCACAGUGACACCAAAGAUGCUAGCGAACAUUUUUGCUCAAAGUAAACUGAUCUCUCUGCCCGAAUGCAUGGUGCAAUUGUUUUCAUUUGGAUCUAGUGCAACCAUAGAAUGUUUCCUCUUAGCAGCGAUGGCCUAUGAUCGCUAUGCAGCCAUAUGCAAACCUUUACUCUACCCAGUGGUUAUGACUAAUAGACUCUGUGUCCAUCUGUUAAUCUUGUCCUUUGUUGGGGGACUACUCCAUGGUUUAAUUCAUGAAGGUUUGUUACUCAGAUUAACCUUCUGUAAUUCCAAUAUAAUAUAUCACUUUUACUGUGAUGUUAUGCCAUUGUUAAAGAUUUCCUGUUCUGAUACUUCUCUCAAUUUUCUAAUGGUUUUGAUUUUCUCUGGUUUAAUUCAGGUAUUCAGUGUUUUCACUAUUCUUCUCUCUUACACACUUGUUCUCUUUUCAGCCUUAAAACAGAAAUCUAUAAAAGGCAUAAGGAAGGCCUUCUCCACCUGUGGAGCCCAUCUCUUGUCUGUGUCUUUAUAUUAUGGCUCUCUUCUCUUCAUGUAUGUGCGCCCUGCAUCUCAACAAGUAGUUAGUCAAGAUAUGAUGGACUCUCUGUUUUAUACAGUAGUCAUUCCUGUGCUAAAUCCAAUUAUCUACAGUCUGAGAAAUAAACAAGUCAAAGCUUCUCUGGUAAAAAUUUUAAAAAGAAAUGUGUAG